AUGGCCAAUGUGAUACCCACUGUCGACGGCAUUCCUGUCGUUAAGCUUUCUUCCGCGCAGCAGCAGCAGGAUCAACAACCCCCAUUGGCCAAUGCCGAUGUUCAGGUACUUGAAACGGCCCGUGAUGCCAUCGGCACGGCCCCUUCCCGGUGGUGGCUCCGGACCUCGGCCGCUUGGUGGAGGUCAUUGCAGUAUGUGGGCAUGACAAUGCACUUUUUGGCUCCCCAACGACCACCCAGUCCCGCGUUCACAAAGACCAUGCAUUCGACCAUUUCCAAGACAAAGGGCGAGUUCACCUUACAGUUUUACACACCCAAGGGGUACGAUACGGCCGCCAAAACCGGCACCAAAUUCCCUGCCGUCGUCAACUUCCACGGCGGCGGCUUCACCAUCGGCAACGGCACCGACGAUGCGCGCUUCGCCCGUUUCGUCAUCGAGGACUGCAACGCUGUCUUUGUCAGCGUGGAUUACCGGCUGAGCCCGGAGUACCCCUUCCCCGUAGCAGUAGAUGAUGCCGCGGAUGCCCUCCUCUACCUCAUCCGUUCCGGCCCUGACCACCACAUCGACCCCCUCAAGCUCGCCACCUCAGGCUUCUCCGCCGGCGCCAACCUGGCCAUCACAUCCACGCUCCGCCUCACCGACCACCUCACCACCCUCCGCCAACAACCCAACCCCACCACCACCAUCCCCCCGCACCGCAUCCGCGCCAUCGCCACCUGGUACCCCAUCACGGACUACACCCAACCGCGCGCGGCCAAGCGCGCCGCCUCCAUCCGGCCCGACCAAACCCUCCCGGAAACACUCACCACCCUCUUCGACGCAUCCUACCUGCAGCCCCCCACCCUGCCCCUCGCCAACCCCUACCUCUCCCCCACGCGCGCCACAGACGCCCAGCUGGCCGCCGCCAUCCCGGACACGGUCAUCUUCUACACGUGCGAGUACGACAUGCUGAUGCGCGAGGGCGAGGCGUUGGCGGCAAGGCUGGGGAGGCCGCCGCUGGGGAGGGAGGUGAAGUAUAAGAUGGUCAGGGGCGUGCCGCAUGCGUGGGAUAAGGCGCCGGAUCCGACGAAGGCUGCACCGUGGUCGGAGGAGUUGUAUAGGGAGUGUUGUGGGUAUUUGAGGGAGGUUUUUGAGAGGGCGUGA